ACAAUGUGAGCGGGGACAAGGGCUGCAACAAGGUUUGAACACUUACAGGCGUUGGACCAGCCGCGAUGGGCCCAGGCCGGCUAGGGGGCCCAUCCAAGAAUCAGGAAGGGGCGGGCGGAUCGGAAACUAAUUGGAACGGUCCACCGCUCAAAUGGCGUGCAGUAAAUACUGAACCAACUCAUACUGGUUAUGUGUAUUAUUUAUAACUUGUAUUGUUGUAUGAGCUAGCAUGGCAUCAUGGCAGAGUUUUGCCGCACAGGCUGUGCUGGCCGCUUGCUGCAUAUUGUUAAAGCUGUGCAUCGUACUUACAGCAAGCGGAACGCCAGGAGACUACAGUGUUGCAGACCUCUUGGUGGUCUUCCCGACUUCAGCGCGCACGCUAGACUACAUCGCAGCGUCACGUGCGUGGCGCAAGGGAGUGCGUACUCAUAUUGUGAUGGAUGCCAGCUUCGACUUGACGACGCUCCGACGAACCGGUUCCUAUUAUAACGAGGAAUACUCCGCAACUCCUGACUUUCCCGACCGUGCGAAUGCCCACGGCGGCAUUCGGCACGCGCUCAGUCCGCUUAUGGCGUACGGCAAGGAUGAGGAGGGGCGAAAGCGGUACAAGUGGAUGCUGCUGGGCGACGAUGACACCAUCUGGGUUUUGCCGGCGGUGCUCCGGAUGCUGAACGAGCGCAAGCUGGCGCACUGGGACCAGCACCUGAUCUCCGACUACCAUUACCACUGCCUCAACCCGAACGUGCCAUGUCUGGGGCCGCACAACUUUGACCCGCGCUGCAUACCGUGCUCGCCCGGCACGUUCUGCCCCUGCCGUCUGCCGCCGGGCUGUGCGCUCAAGGACUUCUUUAACUACACCGACUGCCCCUACAAGGAGAUCGUAGCGGCGUACGGCGGCGGCGGCAUCAUCUUCAGCCAGGCGCUUAUCCAGCAGAUGUUCAGCCAGCCAGACUUCUACUGGUCGCUACUUGCCAAGCGCGUGACACCCGGGACGCCCGCUGGAGACCUGGUGCUGGGCGAGGCUCCGCGUCAGCUGGGGGUCGGCUACACGCGCCUCUUCAACCAUGACGCACAGAAGAUGCCACCAGCCGGACCUCCGCCCCCGCCUGUGCACGACACGCGCACUGGAGACCGUUUGUUUGGUACCUGGUCACAGUUCAAUGUGAGUUUUGUAGCUUCUGUGUGGACGGCGGGAGGGCGCGACAACACCAAACGGCCGUCACUCAUUCUCGCUCAUUGAAUAACCCAUGCAUUAUCCCCCCCCUCUGGUUUACACAGGACCACGCACAUCCCAACGACGUCCUGAUGCGCCAUGAGGCUGCAGCGCACGAGCACCCAGACGUGUUCCGCCAGAUGGUCACUGUGCAUGUCCGCAGCCGCAACUUUUAUGGGAUACCCUGGAAUUUGACGGAACUUUUCGUGGCGUACGACAAAAUUGUGCACUUGCUGCACCGCAUGCACACCGUGCAUAACCGCACCGUGCCUGCGCAAGGCCGCAAGCACCGUCUUUAGAGACCAGAGUCGUGUGCGAUAUCAGGUAGGGCUUCAGUUGCACCUUGGCGGUGAAAAAAUUGAUCACAGGUGGACUGUGCAUGAACUAGAUGGGCGGGAGGGCAAAGAAGGGUUUGCGACAUGUAUCAAACGCUUUAACGCGCCGAGUUCUGAGGGGGGGGGCCGCGUGCGCCAGACCCCGUGCCGAAGAGACUCGGGUGUGUUUGCGACGAUCUGAUUGUGGAAGCUGGGGUAUGGAGGGUUGUUCAUGGUGGGCUUGCUGCAGUUCCAGUGUGCAUCGUACUGACGUACGCUGUACAAGGGAGGCUCUGCAUAACAACAAUUCCAAGUGCUGGCGACACCCAAGCAUACACCUCGCCGCCAUUCAGAGCUGGUCUGGCAUGCUGGUGUAGGACUGUGAGCAUACUUGUAUUGGCACGGGGCGAACUUCCGAUUCAUGUUUGAUGAUGAGAGCGGGUAGAAGUUGGAGUGUCGGACAUGGCGCUGCGACCGUGGCUGCGACGUCGCUUUUGUUUUGGGAAUCUGGCGUGGCAGCAGCAUGGCCUUAACUCCGUGAUGUGAUUUACAUGGACGGUGGGUGCGGUAGGCGUCGCUGCCCAUCAGGGUCCAAAGGUAGAGAUAGGGUUUCUGUGUAGGUGCUUGAAAUAAUUUGAGUGCCCUGUGCCCCCGCAACCACACUGAUCGCGCACAUCAGUCACGGACUAGUGGCCCGCAGGCCUACUCCAGCAAGGACUUCGAGCCGGCUGACCCCAGCUGACCGGCAGAAUGAUAUUUCGUACUCUGGGCAGGUUGCUGUAGUACUCUGCCAUCA